GCCCGGCGGCGGGUCUUCCGCCUCCCCACAAGGCUUUGCGCCCGCUUCCGAGGCGAACAUGGCGGCGCUGAGCGGCGGCGGGCCGUGGCGGCGGGGCUGGCUGCCCGCCCUGCAGGUCGUCCGCCACGCCUCCAAGGCGGUCACCCGCCACUGGAAGGCCAUGCACUUCCAGCGCCAGAAGCUGAUGGCCGUGACCGAGUACCUGGCGCCGAAGCCACCCGUCCCGGAGCAGUGCCUGCCCCCCAAGAAGGAGGUGGUCGAGGAGGAGGACGGCUACGUCAGGCUGUUACGGCGGCAGGUAGCAGAGGCGUUCCGGGACAACAGAAUGAUUGUGGUGUGCCAGUACAACCCCAUGCCCAACGAAGACAUGCUGCUCAUGAGGCACUACCUCCGGAAGCAUAACAUCGAGGUCAAGUUCUUCCUGAAUGAGAUCGUCAGACCUGUGCUGUCCCAGUCCAAGUACAAGAAUCUCCUCCCUCUCUUUGUGGGACGCAAUAUUGUGCUAGUGAGCCCGGAAACGAAGGCAAAAGAGAUGCUGCGGGUCCUGAGGGGCGUGCCACAGAUCAACCUGCUGGGCGCCUGCAUCGAUGACACCAUCCUGAGCAAGAAAGGGGUGGAGAACUUUGCCAAACUGCCCUCCCUGGAGGCUUCCCAAGGGCAGACAGUGGGUGCCCUGGCCCUCCUGCCCUCGCAGACGUGCUCCCUGCUCCAGCGUGGCCCCGUGCGCCUCGCGGCCCUGCUCGAUGAGUACAUCAGGCAGCUGCAGGCUGGGGCGUCGCCUUCCCAGAGCUCCGAAGCGCACUGACGCUGGCUCCCCGUCGGGUCCGGCACGCGUGGGGCCAGGAGUCUGCUCCUUCACCAGGCUGCAGUGGGGCUGUUGGGAGUUGAAGGUCUGGUCCUGUGUCACAUCCAGGAGGGACUGAGGACGAUAGCAGGGCCCUGUGAUAUAGCAGCCUGCGUGGGGAGCCCCGUUUGUGCAGCCUCCCCCCUGCUCCCCACGCUGCUGGUGCGUGGGAGCGGCCUGGCGUGUUUGUGUGCUGCGCUCUGGCAUGGGGACGCGGUUGGAGGGAGGGAGCGCAGCGCUCGUAGGGCAGAGUCCCGGGAAUUGGCUGGAGCAGGCAGAGCGCGGGAAGAGACUGGCUGCUGCUGGCGUGGGAGACGCCCAGCUCGUACGUGCAGGAAUACCCCGCUCCGGGCGGUCCAGCUAGGAGCUGGGACACCGCUGUGCCCGCAGCAGCCCCAGCAGCGAGGGGAGGCAGGCUGUGGCGUUCCCCAGGAGCUGGGGACAGGGUUGGCACUGAUGGAGCCCAGCUCUGGGGAAGCUGUCUUUCUUCCAUUAAAGUGAACCACAUGGUGGUAACAAGCAGG